GUUUUGCUUUUCAGGAAGCAUAAACUCCAUCAAGGCAAUGCCAAAUUUUACAGAUGUAACAGAAUUUCUUCUGGUGGGUCUGACAAGGCGCCAGGAAUUGCGGGUUCUCUUUUUUGUGCUAUUCUUGGUUGUUUACAUGCUCACUCUGUUGGGAAACAUUGCUAUGAUACUUUUGAUCAGCAUCAGCCCUCAGCUUCAGAGUCCUAUGUACUUUUUCCUAAGUCAUUUGUCCUUUGUGGAUGUGUUGUUCUCUUCCAAUGUCACCCCCAAAAUGCUGGAAAACUUGUUGUCAAAAAUAAAAACGAUUUCUUAUGUGGGGUGUCUCGUGCAAUGCUACUUCUUCAUUGCUCUGGUCCACGUGGAGGUCUAUAUUCUGGCCGUGAUGGCCUUUGAUCGCUACAUGGCCAUCUGCAACCCUUUGCUGUACAGCAGCAAGAUGUCCAGAGCUGUGUGUGUCCGCCUCAUCUCUGUGCCUUAUGUCUACGGAUUCUCUGUGAGUCUGAUUUGCACUCUGUGGACAUACGGUUUAUACUUCUGUGGAAAUGUUGAAAUCAACCACUUCUAUUGUGCUGAUCCUCCUCUCAUCAAGAUUGCCUGUGGAGGAGUGCAUAUCAAAGAGUAUACGAUGAUUGUUAUUGCCGGAAUUAAUUUCACAUAUUCUUUGUCAGUAGUUCUCAUCUCCUACCUUCUCAUUGUAGUCGCGGUAUUACGCAUGCACUCCGCUGAAGGCCGGAAAAAAGCAUUCUCCACCUGUGGAUCUCACUUGACAGCUGUUUCUAUGUUUUAUGGGACCCUUAUAUUCAUGUAUCUGAGAAGACCAACGGAGGAGUCUGUGGAGCAGGGAAAGAUGGUGGCAGUGUUUUACACCACGGUGAUUCCUAUGCUGAACCCCAUGAUCUACAGCCUCAGGAAUAAGGAUGUGAAAGAAGCAGCCAACAAGAUAAUCGCCAAGGCAAAUUUGAGGACAUGAACUCAAAGUAGGCAUUUUAGAGGUGUGUUAAUCCAAAUGUGUUGACCAAGCA